AAGCUCAACAACAUCUGCUCCUAUCACGACUCCUAGAUGCCUCCAGCCCUCCCAUUUUUGUACAAAUCUGCACUCAUCUCCGAAACAUCAACCUAACCCACGGCCAUUUUCUGGAAAGAUGGCGAAAUUCUCCUUCUUCCUCCUGUCAUGGAUCCUGUGUGCCGCUUUGGCCGCCGACCAACAACAGGCAGCCCAGGGCACCGAAGUUCCAGAUACUGUGUAUCGAGCCGAUAAACGCAGUCCCGAUGUUAUUAAGGCCAAUGGCGGCUUUAAAAGCUGGGGCAACAAGCAGGCAAUUACCGUUAUCGAGCAUGUCAGAAAGCUCUACAUUCCGCCCAACAGGCAAAUGCAGGACCCAUGGAUCUCGACUUCUACAGAUCCCAACAUCGGCGAGGACAAUGCGAUAGAAAAGCCCUGCUGGGUGUACACUAUCGACACAACGGGCCUUGAGGACAGAUUUGCCAGCGUCGCGGCUGCAUGGGAACAGGCGAAAAAGAAAGAUCCCCGACCUCACGAGAAAGAGUGGGCAGUCAACAGAUUUAUCCCAUGGCAAAGCAUCAAGGAGUUCUAUAACAUGUGGAAGGACGAGGAGGGGCACCUGGAGAGGGGACCGGUCUAUACCUGGGAAACAUGGGAGCAAGAGAAGCAAAAAGAGAAAGGGAAUGAAGAGCAGAGCUCUGGAUCUGCGGGCGGUCAAGGCCCGGCAACCGGGCCCUCGAAGGGAAAGGAGCCGGCAAUAGGGCCCUCAGAGGGAACUGGAAAGAAGCCGGCAACCGGGCCCUCAGGCGGAAAGACGCCGGUAUCCGGACCCUCAAAAGGAAAGGAGCCGGCAACCGGGCCCUCGAAGGGAAAGGAGCCGGCAAUAGGGCCCUCAGAGGGAACUGGAAAGACGCCGGUAUCCGGACCCUCAAAAGGAAAGGAGCCGGCAGCCGGACCCUCAGAGGGAAAGAAGCCAGCAACCGGACCCUCAGGCACAAAGAAGCCGGCAACCGGGCCCUCAGACGCAAAGAAGCCAGCAACCGGACCCUCAGGCACCAAGAAGCCAGGAACCGGAGGCUCGGGGGGGACCAAGCCCCCCUGGCGGCCUGCUGGCGGUAACGCGGCAUCUGGCUCCAAACCCUCGGGCUCCAAGCCUGCGGGGAAGAAGAAACCCACCGGCAAGGACAACGGAGGGGACGACACGCCAGUGGCGCGUGAUGUUUGGGAGAGACGUCGUCGGGCUACCAGGAUAGUGCCACCACCUAUGCGCAGGUGGGUUAGCAGAAGAAGAAACCAGGCCAGGGCUCGGGGUCGGGGGAUGAACAACAGGCCAGUGGCGCGUGAUGUUUGGGGGAGACGUCGGCGGGCCGUGUAUGUAACCUUCUGAGCGGGGAUAAGUUAUACCGACAGCAUGAGGGCACGCAGGCACGUUGCCCUGGGCAGGUGGGAAGGGAACGCGGGCACGUUGCCAUGGACUCAGGGUAUAGACGGACAUAUGUAGAGGUAGACCUAGUGUCAAAGCUGCAGGCUCAGCCACAUCA